UUAGGAAAUUAGAAGAUCCUGGGGUCGCCUGGUGCAUCAUUUGUAAAGAAAAAAUAAAGUAUGGUUCUGCUGGGAAAAAAGUUAUUAAAAUUCACGCAACUUCUAAAAAGCAUCAAAGUACAAGGUCAACUCUUAAAUCUUCAAGUAGCCUCCCAGCAUUGUUUCAAAACAGAAAAAAUCUUGAACAGGCAGUGACUGAGCCAAUACAAACUAUCUAUGGUUUAGCACCUAAUGUUUUACAAGCCCAGUGUUCUACAUUGUGUAAUGAGCCUGCAACAGCUGUAUAUGUAAGCAUGAAAGAUAGGGUGUCACACCAGGAAGCCUUACUAUGUAGUUUUAUUGCUGAGCAUUCUCUGCCACUUAGCAUUGCUCCUCACUUGGUUGCUCUAGCUCAAGAACUCAGCAGAGAUUCUAAAGCUCUGUCACAAUUGUCUAUGGAUAGAAAAUCUACAUCUUACAAACUUCGAGAUGGACUUUCUUCUGUGUUUCACAAAAGAUUAGUUGCUGAUAUGAAAAGAUAUCCAUUUUCACUCAAUCUGGAUGAAGCAACCAGUCAAGGAAGUAAACAACGGAUUCUCAACAUUUUGGUAUCAUUUUUCAAUAAGGAAGAAAGUGUAGUACACCUCUAUGCCUCAAUUCAUUUAACUACAGUAAAUGCAACCACUGUUUACAAUGCUGUUAUGCAGCAGUUCACUAAAGAUGACAUUCCAGUUAGUAAUUUAGUUUCAUGUCUUACUGACUCAGCUAGCUACAUGACUGGAUGUAAACAAGGUUUUUUAACUAAGCUAAAGACCAUUGCUCCAAAACUUUUAGAUAUUGAUAAUGAUGUUUGUCAUCAUGUCCAUAAUAUUGUGAAAUUGUUUUGUCAACAUUUUGAUAAAUUUGUAGAAAAUCUACUUGAUGAUCUUCACACUGAUUUCAAUUUUGGUAGUGACCUCAAUUCUUUCUUAGAAGACAUAUCAUUAUCAUUAGGUAAAAAGUAUUACAGACCAAAGGAAAGAGUUCCACAUAGGUGGCUAUCUGUAUUGGAUUGUUCAGUAGAUCUUGUUGAUAACCUAGAACCUCUAACAGUUUUUUACUAUGCCUGGCUAAAAGCUGAAGAUAAAAUGGCUUACAAUAGUGUAAUUAUUAAUAUUCUUAAGAAUAUUUCUAAAGACAGUAGAAAAAAUAUUUAUUCAAUUUUGUCUUCUUUGAGAUGUAAAACAUUAACACCUGCAGGAAAAGCAAGAAAAGUUAGAAUUUAUGAAAAAUUGUUUUUCUCUAGACCUAAACUGGACCAGCUUUUAAAUUUGUAUUUGGGAGUCUUGCCAUUGUUUAAAUCUUUUAUAUUGUUAUUUGAAUCAAAAGAACCAAGAAUUCAUCUGCUUUUUGAUGAGCAAAUUCAACUUAUCAAAAAUUUUUUAAUUUGUUUUGUAAAACCUGAGACAGUUAGAGAUUUUGAUUUUUCCAAAGUAGCAGAUUUUGAUUUAGACAAAGAUGUUUUUUUAAACUAUUCAUUACUGUAUACUGGACAAUCUAAAGUAAAUGUUUCAGAAAUGUUUCUCAAUCAGCUUUUAGUGGCAUACAAAGACUGUGCCAAAUAUAUGUUGCAAAAGUUUGCUUUAAAAAAUAAAACUCUUAGAUUACUCAGGGCAAUAAACCCUGGUACAGUUGGACACUCCCAAAAUAUGAAGAUGUUGUGCCAACUAGCAGAGAAAAUGCCAUUUUUUAACUGUGAAGAAGUUGCUGCUGUUCAAGAGGAGAUAAGACAGAUCCAAAUAGACAGCAGUCUCCAGUCAAAAGACUUUGCUAAGGACAGAAUUGAUCACUGGUGGGCUAUUUAUUUUAAAAGCCGCCCAGACCAAUAUCCUCUUUUUUUUAAAAUGAUUAGUGGCUGCUUAAGUAUUUUUAGUGGGCCCAGAGUAGAGAGCUCCUUCUCAUUUAUGAACAGUUUGAUUACUAAAAAAACAAACAGAAUGGUGUGUCAAACUUAUGAAGCAUUUCAAAAAGUCAGAUAUUUUUUACAAUCAAAACACACAACUUCUCUCAAGUUGUUCCACAGAGAAGAUGUUGCCACAACACCUGUUGAUAAGGCAUUAAUUUUUCAUGUACAGACUGCAUGGACCAGAUAUAAAACUAGACUCCAGGCUCAGCAAGAAGAGAAAAAAUCUAAGUUCUCCCAUCUUAAUGUACAAAAGAUUGUUCAUAGUAAAACAAAUGUACAUGCAUUGGUUGAAAACAUCAAAUCAAAGUUGAAAGCCAGAGCUUUGCCUAAAAAAAGGAAACCUCAUAAUUCAACUCCAACAACUUCAAAAAAGAUAAGAACCAAAUGAUGACUCAGACUCUGUUAUAUUUUUUUUAUAUCAUUGUGGAUACAAUUAAAGUAUAUGUCUUUAUUUGUGGAAUAAAUAAUCUUAUUUUAUAUCAUGCAUAGUGUAAUUAUUAACAUUAUUUAAAGUCUCAUUAUAAAUGUACUGUUUAGUUUUUAAAAAAUAUUCAUCAGCUUCUUUUUUUGAAGCAGCUGCGGUAUGCCGCGAGUAGACAAACGCUGGUGUAUAAAAUUUCCUAAAAUUUUUGCAAAGUCAGUUCCCAUCACUGAA